AUGCAAGCUGCACUGCCUUUGAAGCACCGUGCCCUUGUGCUCGAGGGCCAAUCCGGGUUUCAGAUCAAGGCCCUCCCAACACCACAGCCAGACUUUGGCAGCGCAAUCAUCCGAGUUGCUGCAGCAGGAAUCCUACCCUACCACCGCGAUGUCUAUGAUGGAAAACGGCCAAACUCCUUCCCCGCACCACUUGUAGGUGGAUUUGGUGCCAUUGGCCAUGUGGCGGCUGUUGGGCCGGACGCGACGACCCUGGCACCCGGACAACUGGUUUACGUCGACUGCGUUGUAAGGGCCCGCGAUGAUCCAGAUUCUUUCUUCUUGUCAGCCAUAUAUGAGGGACCCAGCGACGGCAGCAAGAAAUUGAUGCGAGAUGUGUGGCGCGAUGGGACAUUCGCCGAGUACGCCAAGGUUCCACUGGAGAACUGUAUUCCGCUUGAUGAAGCGAGGUUGUGUGGUAAACUGGGAUACUCCGUUCACAACCUGGUGUACAUGGCGUAUCUGCUUGUGCCGUUUGGAGGCAUAAGGGAUAUUCAGCUUCAGCCCGGGGAGACCAUCAUCGUAUGCCCGGCCACGGGAUUCUACGGCAGCUUAGGCGUGCAAAUUGCGGCUGCGAUGGGCGCAAGAGUAAUUGCAAUGGGUCGAAGUGAAGAAAAAUUGGCAAAAUUGGUGCAAGAUGUCCAGAAAUUGUCGCCCGUUUCGAGUGUUGAAACAGUCACGAUCACAGGCGAUGCAGAGAAGGAUGCAGGCGCAUUACGAGCCUUUGGUACGGUCGAUGCCGUAUUGGACAUUACGCCGGCAGGUGCUUCCAAGUCAAUACAUACCCAGAGUGCUAUUAAAGCUCUCCGUCGUGGCGGAAGAGUCAGCUUGAUGGGAUCUACCGAAAAUAUUGGAGUCCCCGAGAUCAUGGUCAAUAGCCUCACAUUGAAAGGUACAGUGAUACCCUACCCAACGUUAGUGCGCCCUUAG